CCUUCGCUUGCCUGCUUGCCUGCUGGCAGCCUGAGAGAGAAGCACCUGUAGCGCGCAUUCGGGCCCGCGUCGGUACCGUUAUAAGUUUGCGACCACCGGAAUCAUGCUGCUCCACCACUUGCAUGUCCUCAACUCACUCCUUGUCGCCGCCAUGGUGAUGGCAAUCGACUUUGACAUUGUUACCGCCACCACCGAGGGAAUGUUCAGCAAUGGCGAAAACACGACGACAACAGAAACGCUGGCUCCAAUGAGCAACCGCGCGACUUCCACGCAAUCCGCAGCCAAUCCAUUGACGACAACCGUCAGAGAGGAGACGUCUGUCAAAAACUCCGACGCAAGCAGCACACUCUCACUGACAAGCGGCGUAGCGACAUCAACGGGCCGAACCGGCAACACCGUGACGGCACGGCCGCCGGACCCGACCCAUCGCAGUCCCACCGCAACUACAGCCGCACGAGUCAUACUCACGACCGUGAGCGACCGGGGCACCGCCUGGAUGACGACGACCGGCCCAGACGCCGCCGCGGUUGGUCCGACAGACAGUGACAUCAUAACGACCGGUCAGAGCGACCGCGUAACAUCAAUGACAUCGACCGGCCAGACCGACGACGACACGUCGACACGUGCAGAAAACAAUGUCACAAUCUCAAUGGCAACAAGGGGCAGAUUAACGACCGGUAUAAACAACGAGACGAGCGCGAUGAUUACGGGCCUGACAAAUAAUGGCGCAACUUCGAUGGCAACAACCAAUUCCAUGGACAUAACAUCCGGCCACGACACCGUUACCUCAGUGACAAGCGGUCCGACCAAGGACGACACAACGUUAUUGACGACGACGUAGCGGCCCCAACAACAACACGGCGACCUCGACGACGACAACUAGCCUGACCGACAACGAUACUACCUCGGUGACAACAAUCAGCCUGACAUCACUCCCGACAACCGGUCCGCCCGACAACGACACAACCCCAAUGACAACGACGGGCUUAACGAAUGACCCUACCUCGGUGACAACAAUCAGCCUGACUAACUACACGUCACUGACAACAACCAGUUGGACUAACAGCAGCACAAGCCCAAUGACAACAACCGGCUUGAGCAACGACACUACCUCCACGACAACAAUCGGCCCGACCGACGGCUACACGUCACCGACAACCACCGGUCCGACAUUUACGACCGCAGCCGGUCCGACCGACUCCACGACAACGAUCGGCCCGACCGACAGCUACACGUCACCGACAACCAGCGGUCCGACAUUUACGACCGCAGCCGGUCCGACCGACUCCACGACAACGAUCGGCCCGACCGACAGCUACACGUCACCGACAACCACCGGUCCGACAUUUACGACCGCAGCCGGUCCGACCGACUCCACGACGACUACCGGUCCACCUGACCGGACCACCUGGAUGACACCGGCUGAGGCGACAACAGCUGUAAUAACCACCAGCCCGUCGUCAACUCUAAGCGUCGACGCAACGACUCGGACGACGACCGGCCCUCAGUCCGACAAAGUCACAAGGACAACAGAAACGUCCGCCGUUGUCAGCACAAACGGCCCGACCCCGGCCUCCGAGGCGACAUCAGGAGCGACUACUCGUGAAGCGACGAGCGUCCUCACGCCAACCUCAGCCAGCAAAGCCACCCAAAGCUCGCCCGGCCCCACCCAGAACGACGCAACCAUAGUUUGUCCUGCGGAACAGUGUCCCCUUGAAAGCGUCUGCUUAAACAGAACCUGCCAGUGCCUCUCCGGAAGCUUCCUCCUGGGCCAGCGUUGCGUCCGCGCUCAAGUGUUCCCUGGGCGGCUCCACCUCACGUCCUUGACAUUUGACAAGGAAAUGUUGGACAGGUCCUCCCAAGUGUUCCGAGAGACGGCCGCGGACAUCUCGGCUUCGCUCGCUGGCGCCUUCGCAGGUCGGCCGGGAUACGUCCGCUCUAACGUGGUGCAGCUAGCCCCAGGAAGCGUCCUGGCCACUGUCAACAACAUCUUUGACAACACGCAAAACUCUGAGGAGGCAGUGGAGCAGGUCAUCCAGGAUGCCAUCAGGAGCAGCUCCCAAGGCUUGCUGCUCAACGCUACGUUUAGCGGCACAAAGUUGUGCGAUCAGGUUCCACUUCCCUGUGACGCCGUCACGACUUGGUGCACCAGUGCUAAGGGUCGCGUGGGCUGUUCCUGCAAAGCUGGCUACAUUUCCACGGUGUACUCCAACACCAGCUGCAAGGCUUGUCCAAGCGGGCAGGAAGUGGUGGGCAACAGCUGCCAGAUAUGCGCCUUUGGAUAUGCAGGCUUCAACUGCACUGACUCGUCUCUGCUGGCGCUGGUGGUCAUCUCCUGCGUUUUGGGCGGAAUUCUACUCAUCAUCAUCAUCUUGGCUUUGCUCUCCUACUGCUGCUGGCGGAGGUGCUCUGGAGGCCAGGCGGAGCACAGCGAUCCCAGUCCGUACCCGGCGGGGGGCGAGUUGACCAAGCCCUGGCCUGUUGGCAUCACGCCCAUUCCCCGCGCUACCACCGCCACCGCCGCCACCUGGGACGCUGCAGCCACUAUGGAGAUGAUGGAAAAAGGGCAUCAUGGCAACGGCGUGGGCUUUCCUUCCAAGCAGAGAGGAUGGAAAAAGUCAGGGUCGUACGAUCUCAACCCCGACGGAAUGAAGACCUUCACCAAUAAGAACCCGUCGCGUUACUCCUAUUUGAUGCAAGGCCACGAGAACCCCUACUUCCUGCCUGGCGACGAUAAGAAAAACUGACAGCCACCCCGACGGAUGCUUUUUCUCAUUUUGCAAUCAGAUGGGAUGACAAGCAAGGGUCGCGUGGAGUGGAACGUCGCUCGCAAAGAGUGGCCAGUAGGUGUCACCCAUUUUCCUUUUCUUUUCUUUGUCGCCUUGAAAAUGUUGCAAUUGUGCGACCUGUUCAAUCAACGCUUCAUUGAAUGUGGCUUAUUAUUACCUAAUUCGAAUCCAUAACCACAAUAAGGGCUGGUCCCCCGUUCUGAAUGCUGGUGAAGGGAUUUCAUUUUUUUUCAUUUAGCACUCUUUGAAGCUUCUUCAUUGGAACUACUAUGUUGGUUUUUGUGGUGCGUGUGCCAAUGUUCACUUUUGUCAUCAUACUGCUGUUAUUUGUGUUUUAUAAGUGUGUACAGUUUUGUUUUUGGUCAAUCAUUUCCCAUCUGCAGAAUAAAUCAUUUCAAGUCAA